AUGCGCUUCUCUAUAGACGACCAGCUCACAUGGCGAGUGACACCCGAGAAUCCCAUCCGUGAGAUGGACGGCAUGGACUGGGAACGUUGCGCAGCCUUACAUAAUCUAAUCGUUCGGUUGGGUUGGACAGGUAUGGGCAACUCAGACCAAGAUAUGCCAACUACGACGUGGUGGCAGGCAAACAUCACGCAUAACUCGCUUGAAGCAGAGUGGUCAAGACGGUUGUCACCGUCACUGAAGUUGUUUCUGCAAACGGCCUACGAGACUCCUCAUGAGAAUUUCUUCUACUACGCCCGCGGUCUGAAUGGACCACGUAGCUUUUUUGUUGGAGUACACGAGCAAGAAGACUCAAUAUUGGGAUUGUAUCAGAUGACUAACCUAAACCUCAGCGGACAUAGAGACGGUUUGAACUUUAACCAAAAAACGUCCAGGGCAAUCUUUUGCAGCGAUGUUCUGGACUCGUUUCCCACAACCAAUGGCCGCAUGGAAUGGGAUCCUCUCGAGGUUGUCUUAAGUGCCUGGCUCGACAUGAUUGACACGGGCAAGGUGAUUGCUAGACCAAAAGGUACAAGCGCUAGAGGGCCCUUGGAAUGCACACCCUGGGAGCUACUGCCAUACAGUGAACACGACUUGGCGCACUCCGUCAACGCUUUUAACAAUCUAGUCGCAAGGAUCGAAUGUCUGCUCGAAGAUGAAUCUCUUCGCCCACUGGACAACCUGGAUGAUCAACUAAGGCUUCUCGAUGCCUGUACAGCCAAACUCAACCAACCCGUCUCGCAAGAGCUGUCUGGCCUCGUGUCUAAGGAAGUUUUGGACAGGCUUUCUAUCCCAGACGGAUUUAUUCGAAGGUUCCUUCUCCGAGUGCGUCGACCGAGGAAUAUCCGUUACAUAGCACCUGGCCUACGUUUCCCUACUCCAAGCGAUUUCGCAUCCUAUCCAUUCGAGAGCUUCCAAAUACCCGACUCAAUGGAGUAUGACAUUCCCGUUCUCCCCAUACCCCUUUUCAUAUCGGAUAUUAAUUGCUCAGCACCACUUCUUGGUUAUCCUUUCCAUGAACUCUCUAGUUUACCCUACGGGCUUUGGAUGGAGUACUGUAACAGAGACGCUCACCAUACUUUUGAAGACACCUGUCGUCUAUAUCUACCAUUUGAGAUUGGAGCAAAUGGAUUUGCCCGCCUUACUGAUGAUUCGUUGGUUGGUGAAAACCAAGGGGAUCAUUCCGCAGCAAGGCCGAAUGGUCGGAAGAACGAACUAUACCAGCCAGGAUAUUGCCAUUUCAUCCCUUGGCAUGGGCCGCAGCUUGGAAACGUGCUGGAGCUAUGGUCGAAUUUGGUGGGAUUGGGGGAAUGGGCAGUCGGCGAAGAAGGGGUUUUGGGUGGUAUAGAGAAGUUCAGGGAGGCGGACACAGAGGAACAUUCGCACAAGUAUCAGAUCUUUACCAAAUGGUGA